GGCCUUAAUUGUUUGCUUCCCAGCCCAGGAUGAAGUUGGUCCAGUUUUGCUUUCUCUUCUGUUGCUGGACAGCAAUCUGCUGCAACUGCUGUGAGCUGACCAACAUCACCAUCACAGUGGAGAAAGAGGAAUGUGGCUUCUGCAUAAGCAUGAACACCACAUGGUGUGCGGGCUACUGCUACACCCGGGAUCUAGUGUACAAGGAUCCAGCCAGGUCCAACAUCCAGAAAACAUGUACCUUCAAGGAGCUGAGGUAUGAGACGGUCAAAGUGCCUGGCUGUGCUCACCAUGCAGACUCCCUGUAUACAUACCCAGUAGCCUCUGAAUGUCACUGUGGCAAGUGUGACAGCGACAGCACUGACUGCACCGUGCGAGGCCUGGGGCCCAGCUACUGCUCGUUCAGUGAAAUGAAAGAAUAAAGAGCAGUGGACACUUUGAGCUGCCCACCCUUGACCUGAAGGACCAAGACAUUCAAGACGUCUGUGUGUACAUGUGCCCAGGCUGCAAACCAUUGUGGGAGACCACACUGAUCCCUGCUCUCCUGCAUAAGGGAGCUCCAGGAAUGGAGAGUGCUGGGGCCUGGGGCCUGUCACCACCCAACCCUGUAUUCUAGGUCUGGUUCCAUAAGUUUUAUUCGGUCUUACUUAACUUACAGGCAUGGGGUUGC